CAACCACUCUUCACGCCCCAGACCGAUCGCCGAAACAAAAUACCAUCGACGGUGUCUCCCACGAAACACGAACCAUGUCGUCUUCCAACUACGUCUCUACCGGCCAAGCGCGCUACCUACGAGCAUGCAUGGUCUGCUCUGUUGUCAUGACCUACGCACGCUUCCGCGACGAAGGCUGCCCGAACUGCGAAGAGUUUCUGCAUCUCCAGCACUCCCAAGACCAGAUUGAGAGCUGCACCUCCCAAGUCUUCGAAGGAGUUAUCACCCUCGCGAACCCGGCCAAAUCAUGGAUCGCAAAGUACCAGCGCCUUGACAACUAUGUCCCUGGCAUGUACGCCAUCAAAGUGUCAGGUCAACUCCCCGACGAAAUUCGGUCGACGUUGGAAGACGAGUAUAGAAUACAGUACAUUCCACGUGACGGCACAGAGGCGGAGAACGAUGCUUAGGGUGCCAAGUUUUGACUGGCUUGGAAUAAUUUCUUCUACUGGUUCUGGCGAAACUGGCGUUGGAGGGACUGGCAUGGCAGUAAAUAUGAUGAAAAUCGCGUGUGAUUAUUUAAAAGCGGCCGUUGUGGUAUCGAUGGUAGAUUAAAGCAAAAACGCCCCAUCCAAUUCUUGUGCUGAACAUAAUUUUACCCAUGCCAUUUGCUAUAAUUCUUGUAACCCAGUCCAAGCUGUAAGACAAUCCGUAAUAUUCUCAGUUGUUUCUCUGCUUCUUACCAGAGCCCAUACCAAAGCUAAAUCCAGC